CGUCCUUUAUCAUUAGGAAAAUCAGACACAUAUACACACUAACACACACGCAGGGCUAAGAGAGAGAGCAGAGGGAGAGAGAAAACAAAAAAAAGAAAAAAGAAAAAAAGACACUACAAGAACAAACGCAUAUACAUACGCACGCACCGCACAGCAAGCAAUACUGUUUGGAUUAUGUGAAAGUGAAAAAAAAAAAAGAUUAUGUGCGGGAAAAAGCUUAAAACCUCUCAUGGAAUCACCACGGAGGAAUCCGAUUUCUUCGAUGGUUUACCUGAUGAUCUUGUCGUUUUCAUUCUCUGCAAGCUCAGUGCCUCCGCUUCUUCUCCUUCCGAUUUCAUCAACAUUUUCUUAACAUGCAAAAGAUUGAAUCGAUUAGGUCUCCAUCCUCUGGUUUUAUCUAAAGCCGGCCCGAAAGCAUUUGCUAUCAAAGCCAAUAACUGGUGUGAUUCCGCUCAGCGUUUUCUCAAACAGUGCGUUAACGCCGGCAACGUGGAAGCUAGCUACAUCCUCGGAAUGAUCCGAUUUUAUUGUUUACAAAACCGAGGUAGUGGAGCUUCGCUAAUGGCAAAAGCAGCUAUCAAAUCUCACGCGCCGUCGUUGUACUCGCUUGCCGUGAUUCAGUUCAACGGAAGCGGUGCUUCCAAAAGCGACAAGGAUCUAAAAGCUGGUGUCGCUCUCUGUGCUCGAGCUGCUUACCUCGGCCACAUCGACGCGCUUCGCGAGCUUGGCCAUUGCCUUCAAGACGGUUACGGUGUCCGCCAAAACAUUGCCGAGGGACGCCGUCUGCUCGUCCAAGCCAACGCGCGCGAGCUCGCUUCCGUCCUACGCUCCGCCUCAUGGGGGCCGAAUAACUACCAGUGCUUGACUUUGACCGGUUCUUCCCCGCUUAGCUUUCCUUUGCUGAGUGAUUUUGGUUGCAGCUUGCCGGCGCCGGAGUUUCAUCCGGCGAACCUAUUUUUGAGAGAUUGGUUCGGGUCGGGCCGAGGCGUGUUGGCCCCGAGGCUCAGACUCUGCGGUCACGUUGGGUGCGGUCGGCCCGAGACUCGGCCGCAUGAGUUUCGCCGCUGCUCCGUCUGUGGUGUUGUAAAUUACUGCUCCCGUGGAUGUCAAGCGCUGGAUUGGAAGCUACGACAUAAGGCUCACUGCCGACCGAUCGAACGGUGGUUGGAAGAUGAUGUUGCCGGUGACGACGCCGUUGACGGUGAUGUGGACGGCGUUGGAGAAAUUAUUUAGGGAACAAGUAGUGAGACUGUAAUUAUAUUUAAAAAAAAUAAAAAACAAAAAGAAAUUUGAAAAUGUGGUGGCAGUUAUGGUAAAUUUUGGCUUCCUUUGGUUAUUUUCUGUACAGGUGAAAAAUGAUUUGAGAAGAAAAAAAUAAUAAAUUGGGUUUUAGAUCUAAAUUAGAAGA